GGGGCGCAGCCGGCGCACGCGCAGCGCCUCGGUAAACAAGGGGUGGGGAGGGAAAGGCCCGAGGCCCCGCCCACAUCGCGGCGUGAACGUUCCACGGGCUUCCCUCCCUUUUGCUUUCGGGCAGGGGAAGCGAGCUUUCCCCCUUUCUCGGCGGCGGCGGCGGCGCCUGCGCGCUGGCCUCAACAUCCGGGCACUGGGGCAGGAUGAAUGCUCCUUUCCAAGAUGGCGGCGGAGGGAGGAGGGAAGGAGAUGAACGAGAUUAAGACCCAGUUUACCACCCGCGAGGGGCUGUACAAGCUGCUGAGCCACUCGGAGUACAGCCGGCCCAACAGGGUGCCCUUCAACUCGCAGGGCUCCAACCCCGUCCGCGUCUCCUUCGUCAACGUCAACGACCAGAGCGGCAACGGCGACCGGCUCUGCUUCAAUGUGGGCCGGGAGCUCUACUUCUACAUCUACAAGGGGGUCCGCAAGGCUGCUGACUUGAGUAAACCAAUAGAUAAAAGGAUAUACAAAGGAACACAACCAACGUGUCAUGACUUCAAUCAUUUAACAGCCACGGCAGAAAGUGUUUCUCUACUAGUGGGCUUCUCUGCAGGCCAGGUGCAACUUAUAGAUCCUAUUAAAAAAGAAACUAGCAAAUUAUUUAAUGAGGAAAGACUAAUAGACAAGUCCAGAGUAACUUGUGUAAAAUGGGUUCCUGGUUCAGAAAGCCUCUUCCUAGUAGCUCAUUCCAGUGGCAAUAUGUACUUGUAUAACGUGGAACACAAUUGUGGUACCACAGCCCCACACUAUCAGCUACUCAAACAAGGAGAAAGUUUUGCAGUCCAUACAUGCAAGAGCAAAUCUACACGAAACCCUUUGCUUAAAUGGACAGUAGGCGAGGGGGCCCUGAACGAAUUUGCUUUUUCCCCAGAUGGGAAAUUCUUGGCAUGUGUAAGCCAGGAUGGCUUUCUUCGUGUAUUUAACUUUGAUUCUGUGGAGUUGCACGGUACAAUGAAAAGCUACUUUGGAGGGCUGCUGUGCGCAUGUUGGAGCCCCGAUGGCAAAUACAUCGUGACAGGCGGAGAAGACGACUUAGUGACUGUCUGGUCUUUUGUGGACUGCCGAGUGAUAGCUAGAGGCCACGGACACAAAUCCUGGGUCAGCGUCGUGGCCUUUGAUCCGUAUACCACUAGCGUAGAAGAAAGCGACCCAAUGGAAUUCAGCGGCAGCGACGAGGACUUCCAAGACCUUCUUCAUUUUGGAAGGGAUCGAGCAAACAGCACGCAGUCUAGGCUAUCUAAAAGGAACUCUACGGACAGUCGUCCAGUAAGUGUCACAUAUAGGUUUGGUUCAGUGGGCCAGGACACGCAGCUAUGCUUAUGGGACCUAACAGAAGAUAUCCUCUUCCCACACCAACCCCUCUCGAGAGCAAGGACACACACAAAUGUCAUGAAUGCAACCAGCCCACCUGCAGGAAGCGGUGGAGCUAAUCCAGGCAGUAAUGGAAACAGCAUCACAACACCUGGGAACUCUGUGCCCCCUCCUCUUCCACGGUCCAAUAGCCUUCCACAUUCUGCCGUCUCCAAUUCUGGCAGUAAAAGCAGUGUCAUGGACGGCGCCAUUGCCUCUGGCGUUAGUAAGUUUGCAACCUUAUCACUACAUGAUCGGAAGGAGAGGCACCACGAAAAAGACCACAAGCGAAACCAUAGUAUGGGACAUAUAUCUAGUAAGAGCAGUGACAAACUGAACCUAGUUACUAAAACCAAAACGGACCCAGCAAAAACUUUGGGAACGCCCCUGUGUCCCAGAAUGGAGGAAGUUCCUUUGUUAGAGCCUCUUAUCUGUAAAAAGAUAGCACACGAAAGACUGACUGUGUUAAUUUUUCUUGAAGACUGUAUAGUCACUGCUUGUCAGGAGGGAUUUAUUUGCACAUGGGCAAGGCCUGGUAAAGUGGUAAGUUUUAACCCUUAAUGCUGCAUCAAAGAAGUAGAACUUGAAUAGGUAGUUUUUCUCAAAACAUAACUGAAUGUUGAAUAUAAAAUUUCUUUAUGCUUAAUGUAAAAAAGAAAAAGGAAAAAAAGAAAAGAUUAUUUCCUCAGAGCCAUACUUUUGGAUACUGCAUGCCAUAUUUCUGAACGAUUUGAAGUGUCUGGCCCAGGUAAAGUUCUUUUGAAAUACAGUUGCCUUCCAGCUGGAGAAGUGUUGUGUAUCCAAAGUGUCCGUGAUAGUUUUCCUAUAUUUUCAAAAGCUAUUUUUGUAUAACAUGAUUCAGACAAAUCUAAAAAAAAAUCAACUAGUGAGGGUAGAAUUGUAAGGGCAUUCAGGAUAUCGGAUUGGUUGCAGCUUGCGUAAGCUGUAGCUUUGCAUAACAUGCAUUCUGGGUAAAUUGAAGUUGGAACAUUUAUUCUGACAGGAAUCCAUAAAGCAGGGUCUGUUCUCACUUUUUUUUUCUUUCCAAAAGUUAGUCUCUUCCUCCUUCGGUGAUCAUCUCAAGAGCAGUUUUUAGUGUCGCCAUUUAAAAUUUGAAUAAACUUGGUAUUAAAUAUACAUUGUAAUAUUCUGAUCUUUAAUAUCAAUCUUCUCCAAAUAUGUAAGGUCACUUUUUUAAAAAAAAGCUUCCUAGUGAAUUGUAUCCCUUACUCAUUUCUACCCCCUAAUCACUUUACAGAACGUUUGUGUUAAAGGUAUUUUUAAUUCAUGCAUUUUUCAUUAAAUCCACAGGCUUAAAAUGUGGCACUAGUGAUGUCUUCUUUCAUGUUAAGAAACUGAAAUUAUCUAUUUAAUAUUUAGUACUUUCUACUGAUAAAAAUUAUUUUGCCUUCAAAUACUCAUGGGCAAUUUGCAGGCUAUGGCCAAGCUCCAAGACUUUUGAGGUGGCUUUUGGGCAUGCAGUUUGGUUGACUUUGGCUUGCUCUUCUCAGAGGGGGCUCCCCAAAAGGAACCAAUAAGGGUUGGGGGGAUCCAUCCUUUAAUUCAGAACCCAACACUGUGUGAGGGGUUAGAGCUGCAAGCAAAGACUUGGGAAGCCCAGUGUGUGCAUUGGAAUGCACACAUGGGUUCUCCUGAUCUCUGCCUAUGAUGGAUAAACCAGCAAAAGACCCUAAAUGGCAGCUGGUUAUCUUCUGGAGAUCUUCCUGAAGGUUCCUAAACUUUGUUCCUAAAUCUUCCAAAACUUGGAAAGUGUUGUUGAGAGUUUCCGAAGUGCAUCUGUUUUACAAAAUUAACACUCUUCCAGUAGACAUUAAUGCCCAUUUUGACUGUAAGGAUUCACAGCUUCUCUAAAAUAUGUAAUAAUUAGAUAUAUUAAGUGAAAUCUUAUCAAACAUGUUCUGGUAUGUAAUGUCACCUGUAUGCCUUAUCUUGGAUAGACAAUCUGGAAAAAUAUGGCAUUGCUUUUCGUGCGGGGGGGAAAGCAAAUGGUAAGGAUAAAGGACAAAACUGUCUAUGUUCCCAAGUGCUAAAAUCAUGGAAAUGUGUGUAUUUCUGUGCCAGGGGCCAAACAGUUUGGAAGGUAAUUUUGCAGAUGUGCAUUGCUGAGCUAUCGUUGGUAGCUAUCCAAGCCCCUCUGCUUACUAUAUUCUAAAGUAACUUAACAUUCACCCUUUGGCUAUUUGCAUUUCUAAUAAGUAAAAAUUCUGCAAAGAAGUUGUGUUUAAUCGGUACAGGUCGUAACUUGCACGCAAAUGACAAUUUGAUUUGGAGCACAUUUCAAAUAUUUCAGAGAUAAGUAUGCAGUACCAAAAGCUAGGAUUUCUCUAUUUGGCCAAUGCGGAAAUCUUUAAUUAAAGGUAAGUUUCAUGCUGAUGUUGUUCACUAGGUCUUUGAAAACUAAUAUCACACACUGAUGUAAAUGCCAUAUUGUUUAGGAUGUGUUUAUUUAGAAUGGGUUUCAAAUUAUUAUUAUGCUUUAUUUUUGCAGUCGGUGAGCUCACUCAGCUGGCCUAAAUUAGCAAGUUAGGUGAUAUGUUUACAUGGCUCUGGCCAAGAAAGUCUUUGUUCCAGAAAGGUGUUAAUAAGCACCAUUUUCGUUCUAUAGGAGAGCACUUACUAAACUUUAUACUUAUUUAAUGAGUCUUCAGAAACACUCAUGGUAACAUAUUUCUUUCCCUUGGGUUAUACACUGCAUAUGUUAGUCUUGCCUAUAGUUUAGUUCCGUAGCUUUUAAAGAGUUUAAAGCUGCUACCUUCCCGCGUUGACAUUUCUCUCCCAGACUCCUCGAAAACUACUUCCAUUGCCCUUUUCCUCUGCUGAAUUUGUUUCCCACCCACCUUUUGGCAGAGUUGGAAAGAAGGGCCACAAACUUCCAGUUUGAGGAGCAAAUGGGCCAGAAGACUCAACCAGUUGCGCAGUCUGAAACCUCACUGCUACUGAGCCAACCCUGUCGUUUUCCUUCCUCACCCGUCUGUCUGCCAGGCUGAUGCAGUCAGGAAAGCAAAUGUUAUUUUCUUGAGAAGAACAGGGUUCAAAUAGGCAGGAGUGGGCAACCUGCGGUAUUCGUAUUGGGCUCCCUUCAGCCCCAGCCAUCAUGGCUGAUGGUUGAGGACGAUGGGAGUUGUAGUCUGACCACACCUGGAAGGCCGCAGGCUAACCCAUCCCUGGUACGGACAGUCCCUCCCUAGAAUAAACAUAUUUUGUCUGGCUGAUACUUGGCUAGACUUGAGUCUCAGAGACCCAUAGGGCAGAGGAAGCCAAUGUAGUGCCCUUCAUAUGUCACUGGACAAUAUCUCCCCCCACUCCCGCCAUAGGGCACAGACAGACUCACUGCUGGGUUGGAGCAAGAAGAUCUACGCUACAAACAUUAUGACCUCUGUGUAGCAUUCGCAUCAUGUCUUGAGCUUCCUUAACUUCCUUUCUCUUUCGAAAUGCUACUUAAACACGAGUUCAGAUCUAAAGUACCAUGUUCAGCAGAAAACGUGGGGCAAGCCCAUGUUGCAUACCGCAGCAACAUUUUAGAAGUGCACUAAUUUGUGGGAGAAACUACCUACUUCACAGGAAACAAAACUUCUCAGUAAUGACUUUGUAAAAAUAUAUAUAUAUAUAUAUGCUGUACUACUGGAAAGACAAAACUGCUUGUCUAUCUCUUGGCCAUUUCCUUCCCGAUUACAUCGUAUGGCAGAGAUGGCAGGGAAGCUUUUGCAUUUCUUUUGCAGUGCUACUGUCACACAUGGAGGUGUUGCUUUCAGUAGCAGGCUAAUCUGCAGCCCUCCAGGUGUUACUGGACUUGCAGCUCUCAUCAAGCCCCAUGCAGCAGAGCCCAAAGGCUGGGGGUGAUGGGAGCUGCAGUCUAGCAAAACCUGUAGGGCCACCGCAUCUUUAUCCCUGAUCUACAACCCCAUGUAAUUUCAAGGGGAACUUGCCACUACUUAACCGGGAAACUCCUGGUAAGAAAGAGUGGACAACUGCAAAUGAAUACAGUAGUUGAGUGAAAUGGCAGCAUAUACCCUGGCUGAGAAAAUGUGUUACCACUUUGUACAACAAAAUGCACAUGAAAUUUAGAAUAUUUAUUUGAACUAUAUUGUACAGGGAAAAUCUAGAGUUAAAUUAUAGAACGUCCUUUAGUUUUCCAAUAAACAGGAACUAUAUAGUACAGCAUCAUGUUUAAAUGAGUUCUAUCAUUGCUGUUUUAACAGACAUUUUGUUUUACUAUUUGGGCACGGGAAGACGUCACGUUUACUACUAAAUCUUCAUUGGCAAAGGGCAUUUCAUUUGUUAGAGCUGAAGUAUAAAGUGCUGUUGGGAAGUACUAUCUUAUUUCGUUUGAUUUAAUUUUAAAUUCAGGGAUGGUUAGGAAUUGCUAAAUCAGUUCUUGAUUUUGAGGUUGCCAUGAUAUAAAAUGGAAUAUAUGGAACCAUAAACACUGCAAACGGGAGUUCGGAUUCCUUGAAAUAUUGCCAUGCAAAGUUCUCGGGAUUGGUGUUGACUUAGUACACCAGGUUUAGAAGCUGCCCAGUUGAGAGUGGGCCAGUUACUUCUGUGAAGCCAGGAAAGAGUAAUUGCCUUAUUAUGUGGGUGUCCAGAUUAGGAGGGAAAGAUUCUUACUAAAGACUUUUCAGAAAUGCUUGAUCUUUUGGAACUCAGUUAUGUACUUGAAAAGACUGUAUAUGUCUCCACCUACCACGUUAAAGCUACUAAAUUUGCAUUUAGAAUAACUGCUGGCCUGCUUGUGUUCUUAAAGAAAGAAAACCAGCUAAUUUACUGUCACAUAACUUGUGUAAAGUUUAAAAGCGAGACUUUUUUCCUGCAUUUAUGAAAUCUGUAUACAUGAAUUUGUUAAGAUUGACACAUUAGGUGAUACUGUACAAAAUUGUAAUGAUAUAGUGGAAAAAAAUCAACAGUAAAAUUCAUAUGUAUUUUCUUUAUAAACGUCCAUCUAAUUUCUUGACAACUUGAAUAAAUUUCAUAAGAGCCUUUCUAACAUAACAAAUUGUUAAACUAAAUUGACUGUUGCAAUAAUAAUGAAGCUUUAAUAAGUAUUGUUAUAUUUAUAAUUUUAAAAAAAUCAUGUUUGUUUCAUACUGCUUAUUUUUUAGCGUUUUAUGUCACUGUUUCAGCUGAAGAACCCUACUAAAUACUUGACAUUACAGAAUAAUUUACUGGGGUUGUCCUCUGUAUACUGACAUUAAAUAAAAAGUGUGACUGAACUGUAAAAUGUA